GCUAACUUCGUAAACAUGCCGUAUGUCAGCUGUCGCAAACAAUACAUUUCAAAGGUUUCUGUAAAGUUUUUGUAAUCCUUACUUUAUUUUUGCGAAUUCUAAGAAUGUCGAAUAUGUCCGGAGAAGAUUGUGACGGUCUAGACCGAGGUGAUAACGAUGGCCAAAAGUCGGAUAAAAUGUUCACGUUGAAGAAAUGGAAUGCGGUGGCUAUGUGGAGUUGGGACGUCGAGUGUGAUACCUGCGCGAUUUGCCGCGUCCAAGUUAUGGAUGCUUGCCUCCGCUGCCAAGGCGAAAGCAAGAAGGACUCAUAUGGGAAACAGGACUGCGUGGUGGUGUGGGGCGAGUGCAACCACAGCUUCCACUUCUGCUGUAUGUCGCUCUGGGUCAAACAGAACAACCGCUGCCCGCUGUGCCAGCAGGAGUGGUCCAUACAGCGGAUGGGCAAGUGAAGCUUCUGGCCCAUUCUCCCGAUGGCUACGAAACGCACCCUGCGAGCGUGCACGCUCAACGCUGACAUUUGUUUUAUCAAUUAUAUGGCGAUCGGCGUCAGCGUCAAGCGUACACAUUCUGAGCGUGCGUUUCGCCGAGGAGUGACUUCAAAAUGGGAUUCUCUUCACAAGCAUCUGCGUGUAGGGUACAGGUGUAUUCAUGUAUUGCAUAUUGGCAUAUGUAUUUUAAUCGGUAUUUUGUUUGUAAAUUAUGAAUACAGAGAACCUCUUUUCAACAUUUGUUUUAAAUGAAUAUUGGGUGCAUUUAAAAUGCCCGUCAGUCUUAUAAAAGUUAUCAAUUCUUUUGUUUGUUAUAUCCGAUUCAUUUGAUAAAGAUAUUAAAGUAAAGACAAGGUUCGGAAUUGUACAGAAAUCAAAUUCCCUCACUGUAAUCUAAGUGUUAAAUACAUACAUACUCGUACAUACAUCAAAAUGAACAUUAAUCGUAUAAAAAAACAAGUGCAGUGAUAUACACUGUAUCUUUAGGUAUUUCAAUAAAAGUAAACAAAACGGCUUAAGGAGCCAUUUGAGGGUAGAUGAAAACAUUACAUGAUCAAAUAAUAUAGCUUAAAGUCAGGUCGUUCGCUGAGAGAACCAGGCGGUUUUGUAUUUGGUUGGUUAAAUAAUAAAUGUUAUAACAACCCGAAAAUGUACUAUUUGUUUGUUUACUUUUGUGUAUUAAACAAUAUAAUAAUAGGUACAGGUUGAAUUUAUUUUAAAUGGUGUGGUCAGAUUCCGAUGCGCAAAAUGGUGUCAACUUCUUUUAAUUCAUUCAUUUACAGAUUUUGGAAAUAUAUGUAAAUUCCAUCUUGCAAACAUAAAAUAUACUUUAUCUUAAAGUGCGAA